AUGCAGUCCACGUCAGCACCCGGCGGACCACAUUCCGCCAAUCGGGCCACCGGGGGAGCAGCCGCUCCGCCGCCCGCGCUUGGGCCCCCCAUGAGCGCAGGCGGCGGAGAUCAUCCGCACGGCGCCGGCGGGGGGAUGUCCGUGGGCGGCGCAGCGGAAGCGGGGGCGCUUGCGCAGGCGGGAGCGGGUUCGACGGCGGAAGUCGCGGAGCUCUCUAAAGCCGCGGCGCGACGGGUGGUGGACCUGCGGUCCGACACGGUGACCAAACCCACCGGCGCGAUGCGGGAAGCGAUGAAGAACGCUGAGGUGGACGAUGACGUCAUCGGGAUAGAUCCGACGGUGGACAGGCUCCAGAGGCAGGUGGCGCAGAUGAUGGGGAAGGAGGCGGGGCUGUUCGUGCCGUCGGGGACCAUGGGGAACCUCAUCUGCGUGCUCGUGCACUGCGAGGUGCGGGGCAGUGAGGUUAUCUUGGGUGCAGACUCCCACAUCAGUGUAUACGAGCAAGGUGGUGUGGCCACACUGGGGAGCGUGCAUCCACGCACGGUGAUGAACAAGGCAGACGGCACCAUGGACCUCAAGAAGGUGGAGCUGGCUAUCAGAAAAGACGACGAGCAUUACCCGGUUACCAGACUCAUCUGCCUCGAAAACACCCACAACAGGUGCGGAGGGCGUGCCAUAACAGUGGACUAUACAGAGCGGCUAGCGGAGCUGGCAUCGUGGUACGGGCUCAAGUUUCACAUUGACGGAGCGAGAAUAUUCAAUGCCGCUGUGGCCCUCAGAGUGCCAGUGGAUCGCCUAGUCCGCCCGGCACACAGUGUUUCUGUGUGUCUAUCGAAAGGCUUGGGAGCGCCAGCAGGCAGUGUGAUUGUGGGCUCCGUGGAGUUCAUCGCCAAGGCUCGCCGGUUACGGAAAGCACUGGGCGGAAGCAUGAGGCAGGUGGGCGUGCUGGCAGCUGCGGGGCUCGUGGCGCUUCAGGAGUCGGUGCCUCGGCUUAUCCGAGACCACCAACGGGCCAUGCAGCUCGCAGAGGGGUUGGAUACACUGGAUGGACUAGCCGUGGAUGUGAGCACAGUGGACACCAACAUUGUGACAAUGGACGUGAAAGCCGAUUGCCCUAUAGGAGCUGAGGAGCUCUGUAAUGCUCUGCGGCAGGCGGGCGUUCUCACCACGCUGCGCAGCAACAACAAGAUCCGAAUGGUCACACAUUACCAUAUCACAGCAGAAGACAUACGAUACACUCUCGCAUGCACACAG